AUGGCUCAACGCGUCGCGGUUGCGCUGCGGCUACAACAAUUACGACUGACUGAAAAAUCCUACAGAUCUUUUCAGCGAGCGAGAGUCGUUUCUGGUCGGCCGCAUUCUCAAGCAGAACAAGAUUAUUGAAGCCCCAUAAUCACUAAUGAAACUUCACUCAAAGAUCAGACUACAAAAAGAAAGUCUUCACCUUCUGGCCGCCACUUCUCACAUGCCACUAAAUGACUAUUUGCUCCUUUUCUUUGUUUUUCCAAGCUUGAGUUUCAAAACUUCCUUUUAUGACUAUUUCAAAUAGUUCGCUACCACCUAAAUUCAAUUUUCAGAACAUACGAUGGCCCCAGCCUCAGAAUGUGAUUUGGUGAGUUCAUACCUUCAAAGUCUUGUCAAAUACGUAUCCUGUGAAAUUUUUCCAGAGCUCAAUUUUAAGAGUCAUUUCCAGGAAACUAUAAGCCCUCACUAAGUGGAAUUUCCAUAGGUCGCAAGUGGAAUGGCUCAAAGCGUCUCGAAGACGUUUAUCAGUUUUGAAGCUUUCAAAGUAGGAAACAGAAUGAACUUUUAGUCAGGGCUUCUUGGAAGCAACCAGGGGCAUUCUCAGCGAUAAUUAUUAAGUGAACAUCUAUCAAAAUGUCCAUUGCAUAAAUAACUGAGCUUUAAGGAAGCCGCGACAAUAUUUUUUCGCUCCUAUCAGAUCGUCUACCUUGUGAACGCUUUUGUCGGCGACGUCGUUGUUCGUUUUUCAUUAAGGUAUACUUACUCCAUUUCAUCAAAUUUUCAGGUUAGUCUAAUUUUUUCAAAUCGAGUUCUCUGAAAAUUCAUUCAAUCAAAAAGGCUUUGUUUGAAUUUUUUGUUUAUUCCUGAGAGCUCUCUGCUGUCUGACACUAUACAGCCUUCUAAAUAAUUCGCCCCAGCCUUUGGUGAACUCCGCCCAUUUCAAGGCAUACUGUGGAUGCGUAGCCAACUCAGUUAUUCUCUCUAAUCGAGCAUGUUCUCUGCAUUAAAAUUAGUUUGAAACGAUUUGCAUCGCUGGAGGAAAAAUUUGGCUUUUUACGGUAUUUUUCCACAGUACAGCAGAAAAUGGGCCCGGAGCUUAUCGAAGCUUGCAGGUAUUAUUCAGAAAGACUACGUAUGGUAUCGGUGCCAGUGGAAACAGAAACUCUGAGAGUGUUAUACCAAGCCUGCAAACCUCGGAGAGAACGAGUGUUGAGCAAAACACUUAUAUUUUAUAAAUUCAGAUUUUUCUUCUCGGCUACUUCCUGUCGAAACUUAGUCAUUCCAUGAUUUCUAUUGCAUGAGGUCCAGUGACUGAAUAAAAAUCCAUAGAAAAGAAGCUGAAUUUUCAGACGCCCAUCCCUGUCCCGUCUACUGGCAUCCUAUUCCGAACCAUGUAGGCGCUCUGAUUCCAGCUUUUCCUAAUACAGUGAGUCCAUGUAUUCGCUUGAUUUGUUGUCUCUCAUUUCCGGGCAUUAUCCGGACAGGUUUGAGUCAUUUUUGUCCUGACAUGUAUCCGUUUUAUAUAUUUGCAUUGUAAUUUUUCGUAUCCAUCCUCGCAGUAUUCUCAACAUGACCUUCAUCGCACGAUGGAGAUGGCUCCAAAGCGUUACAGACGCUUCUUACGCCCGACCUAAAACGACUUGCGCGCGGUUUUAGCGAGCCGUGAUAAAGAAGCAACGAUGUUUUAGCCAUUCCAAAGUCGCGACCAAGGCACGGUUCUGGUGAUCAUGAACGCUAUUGAUAGCAAUUUAAGAGCUCUACUGGUAGCCGAGACGAUUGGCGGCAACGGUCGUGGUGAAGACCUACGAGAAUACGAGUCAAGGAUCCAGUUUGGCGGUUUUAUCUGGUCGUUGUGAGUUGAGAGCUGAAGAAAAGGUCAUUUACUUUCGAUGGUUAGAGGAAUUUUCACAGAAAAUCAGUACAAAACACUCCUUGAAGUACCAAAAAGGGUUCACAGAAAGUCUCAACCUGCAUAACUUCCUAGUUUUUGAGAAAUUAGGUCAAAAUCAGCCAAAAGGCCAUGGAGCUGUCAGCCUUAUUUCUUGAUAGCUGUGAGUGUUACUGCAGAUUGGACUUUCAAAGCUACUAGAAACUGCUCUAAAGAAAAGUUUUUCAGAGAGUCCCAACCGUAAAGUAAAAAUGGUCUACGCUUUGUAAAGGUAAACAUUCCCUGGACUUCUAAAAUUCAUGUCAGAAUCAUCAUUUCCUGGUAUGAGUCCUGUGUCCCGACUUGAAAUUUCACGAACGACAUUCCGCUGUGCCGCUGUGCCUUUAGCUGAGGAACAGUCAGUCGCUUUUAAUCGCUUUUAUCAAGGUACUUUACUUUCAUGGGGUCCCACAGCAGCUAACAAAUCAUUUUAAAAGCGCGACCGAGGCAGCGCUUCGCGAACGCACGCAGUCUGGAACGGCGGAAUGUCGUUCCAGUGAAGAAUCUGGUCAUCGUGGCACGCAGACUAUACCUUUUCAAAGAAAAAUAGUUUUGCUUAAACUUUCAAACGUUCCUCACGAGAGUUCACAGUUUUUCUAUCAGUAAUGCUCAAUCUCAACUUAUAAGGUCACGAGAAACUUGACAAGACAUCGAUGUUCAGGGUGUUCUACUACCAAUCCUGCUUGUCUACUGGGGCCUAUGCUGAUGGAGACUUUAGCCGUGCUUUAAUUACGGUCUGAGCUCCUCAGGGGGUGUGGUGGUUUUCUCAAGUUAAUUUAAAGAGCAUCUCUUUUUUUUGGUUUGUGUUUGUUGUUUUUGGUGUUUUGUUUUGGUGUUGUGGGUUGGUGUUUUGUUUUUUGGGUUUGGGGUGUUGUUUUUGGUUUUAAAAAGCUUUUUACAUUUCUUGUACACACGUUUCUAGUGAUCACUUGGUGGCGUCGAGAUCUAAGUGAUCCCUAGAGCUGCCAGAAACGUCGCAGACACCUCCUUUUCGUUACCAGUGUCUGACAGGCUUCAUUGAGAGAUGUUGCACAAAAUUUACCAGAACUCUUACUUUUUAGGGAAUAAUUUCUCUCCUCCCUUGACCUCUCAAAGCUCCAAUCUGUCCCAGGUAUUCUGUACCUUCUUCCUACGCCUUUUGUACCCUUGAGCGACGCCCCAAGAAUCGAUUAGCCGAGGUCCUAUCCACGAUAUUGAUAAUCAGUGGACUGGCUCUAGUGACAUAUCCGUGUUUGUGAAGUCGUGGUUUCCCACUGCAACAUCUCUUAAGCCACUUGAGGAUUUGGUUCGAAGGGAGGGAUCAGGCUUGUGACUCUGUGAACCGUGAGACAGGCACACGACCUGUUGCGCUGCGGCGCGCCGUUUUCUGCCUAACAAAAAUUUCCAGAAUGGCCCUUCUCGCUGGCCGUCUCGCUACCAAACAUCGGAAAAUAUUGCUACAACUCGGUUCAUCACAGUUAUUCUGUGUCGUUCACUGACGAUAUGCCUGAUUUACACGGCACGCCAACGUUGUUUGCCAGAACUUUCGAUUUGACUUUUGGAUCCGGGAUCAACGAUGACUUUGAGUGCUGA